UCGCGGAUCGCAGGCCGGCGGCGGGCGGCACGCGGGGCCCCGGCGGCGGCCAUGGCGUCGGUGCAGGCGUCUCGCCGCCAGUGGUGCUACCUGUGCGACCUGCCCAAGAUGCCGUGGGCCAUGGUGUGGGACUUCAGCGAGGCCGUGUGCCGCGGCUGCGUGAACUUCGAGGGCGCGGACCGCAUCGAGCUGCUCAUAGACGCCGCGCGCCAGCUCAAGCGCAGCCACGUGCUGCCCGAGGGCCGCUCGCCCGGGCCCCCGGCCCUCAAGCACCCCAGCUCCAAGGACUUGGCGGCGGCCGCCGCGCAGGGGCCCCCGCUGCCGCCCCCGCAGGCGCAGGCGCAGCCGUCGGGCACGGGCGCCGGCGGCGGGGGCGGGGCCGGCGGCGGCGGCGGCACCGGCGGGGGCUCGGGCCAGGACCGCUAUGACAGGGCCACCUCCUCGAGCCGCCUGCCCCUGCCCUCGCCGGCCCUGGAGUACACGCUGGGGUCGCGCCUGGCCAACGGGCUGGGCCGCGAGGAGGCCGUGGUGGAAGGGGCGCGGCGGGCCUUGCUCAGCUCCAUGCCCAGCCUGAUGCCGCCGGGGCUGCUGGCGGCCGCGGUGUCCGGCCUGGGAGGCCGAGGCCUGACGCUGGCCCCGGGCUUGAGCCCCGCGCGGCCGCUCUUCGGCUCGGAUUUCGAGAAGGAGAAGCAGCAGAGGAACGCGGACUGCUUGGCGGAACUGAACGAGGCGAUGCGGGGCCGGGCGGAGGAGUGGCACGGGCGCCCCAAAGCCGUGCGGGAGCAGCUCCUGGCGCUGUCCGCCUGCGCCCCCUUCAACGUCCGCUUUAAGAAAGAUCACGGGCUGGUGGGGCGGGUGUUCGCCUUCGACGCCACCGCCCGCCCCCCGGGCUACGAGUUCGAGCUGAAGCUGUUCACCGAGUACCCCUGCGGCUCCGGCAACGUGUACGCGGGGGUGCUGGCCGUGGCGCGCCAGAUGUUCCACGACGCGCUGCGGGAGCCGGGCAAGGCGCUGGCCUCCUCGGGCUUCAAGUACCUCGAAUACGAACGGCGGCACGGCUCCGGGGAGUGGCGCCAGCUGGGCGAGCUGCUCACGGACGGCGUCCGCAGCUUCCGCGAGCCGGCCCCGGCCGAGGCGCUGCCCCAGCAGUACCCCGAGCCGGCCCCCGCGGCGCUGUGCGGCCCGCCCCCGCGAGCGCCCUCCCGGAACCUGGCGCCCACGCCGCGCCGGCGCAAGGCGUCCCCCGAGCCCGAAGGCGAGGCGGCCGGGAAGAUGAGCACGGAGGAGCAGCAGCAGCGGCACUGGGUGGCCCCCGGCGGCCCCUACUCCGCCGAGGCCCCCGGCGUGCCCUCUCCCAUCGCUGCCUUGAAGAACGUGGCGGAGGCCCUCGGCCACUCACCCAAGGACCCUGGCGGCGGCGGGGGCCCGGUGCGGGCCGGAGGCGCCAGCCCCGCAGCUUCGUCCGCCGCUGCGCCCCCAGCCCAGCAUCGCCUGGUGGCCCGGAACGGGGAGGCCGAAGUCAGCCCCACAGCCGGGGCCGAAGCUGUCAGCGGGGGCGGCGGCAGCGGCGGCAGCGGGGCGACCCCCGGGGCCCCGCUGUGCUGCACCCUGUGCCGGGAGCGGCUGGAAGACACCCACUUCGUCCAGUGCCCCUCGGUGCCCGGACACAAGUUCUGCUUCCCCUGCUCGCGGGAGUUCAUCAAGGCGCAAGGCCCGGCGGGCGAGGUGUACUGCCCGAGUGGAGACAAGUGCCCGCUGGUGGGCUCCUCCGUGCCCUGGGCCUUCAUGCAGGGCGAGAUCGCCACCAUCCUUGCUGGAGACAUCAAGGUCAAGAAAGAACGGGACCCCUAGGCCGCCGCUGCCUCCAAGCGACUGUCCCCGCCCGCCCACCGCUGCUGCGGAUAACUUAUUCCCUCCCCCGCCCAGUCCGGGGCCACCCCACCUGUG